CAGCUUUGAAUUAGUACAAAUGAAUGAAUGAUGUUCCUGGCUUUGACAUUGACUUCUUUUCACCACAGAGUUAUCGAUAACAGUAUGAAGAAUUUCAAGGCCUUUUUUCGCUGGGUCUAUGCUGUGAUGCUGAGACUUGCAGGGGAGCAGGUGCCGUCUGAGGUCAGUAAGAUGUCUCAGAAGGACCUGGCCUUCGUAGCAGAGUUCCUUCAGGAGAAUCUCACGCAGGAAACACCAUCUCCUGGAAGACCCAAGAGAUUUAAUCUUGAGAAAGUUGGACAGUAUCUCAACAAGAAGGAUGAGGACCUUCCCUUUCCACAGGACUUGUCUAAGAUCCCUUGGGAGACCUUUAUGCAGUCAAGUACUUACCUGAAAGGGAGUGAGUUGCUCUUCCCACACCACCAGAAGAAGUCACUGUACCAAGUCUUCAACAUAACCAAGACAGCUGUGGACAGAGCACUGGAAGGGCCUGCAAGGACAGCCAACACAAGAGGCUGUCGGUGCUUCCAAUGAGCCAGUUCAGCGGUGGUGAGCCUCGCCAUGUUUUCACGCUGGUCAUUCCUGACCAGGACACUCUCAGCAGGAUCCUGGUCAUCAGGCACCCCACCCAGCUGCACAGUGAACUUCUUGUGAUGGAGGGGGCAUGGCUAAAGGUCGGAGGUCAACUGGGAGAGCAAGAGACAAAAAGAUGCAGUUCCCAUAAGAUCCUGGACGUGUCGUACUACGAUGAGGGCACGUUAGCUCUCCUGCUGCAGGAGGGGGAGGGGGAGUGCUGCCCGGUGCUGGCGCUCCUCCCCCUCAUGGCUCUGGAUGACUGUGGGUUUGCUGUGCUGGAUGUCCUGCACACAUUCCCACUAGCUGCUACUGUUGCCGCCAUCGGAGACAGAGUAGGGCUGUGCAUGUAUGAUGUGGCGCACCAGAUCACUCAGUACCGGUAUCUGGAGAAUGCAGACCCUGGAGUGAUGGCUGUGGGAGGGGAGAGGAAAGUAGGAGCUGUGCUCUAUGGUCACCAGCGCCGGUUGCGGCUGUUUGACAUGAAUGCAGAGGAAGAAGGGGACAGUGAUGAAGAUAUCAGUGAUAAUGACAUGCAGGAUCUCAAUGAGACAAGAUGAACUCUGAAUGUUGACUGUGAAAUCAGCCGUGAACUAUUACAUUUUGUUUGUCUGUCAUGCAUUAAACAGUCAGAAAAUGUA